GGGGAGGCCCUGAAUGUGUCUCUUGCUGGUGGAUCCCUUGCCCUUGUGGGAGGGGGAAGCGGAGCUUAUCCAACCAGAACUUGUCUGCUUACCGCAUGCUUGAUUAUCUCCCCCCCUCCUCCAGCAUGUAAAUCCACCACAAAGAAGCUGAAGUUCAAAUAGGGCUGUUUUAGCUUCGCUUGAAAUGAUGGAUUGAAAGCUUCAAAACUGAAAUGCAAAGAGGCAGAGCUCCUGAAAAGCAAGUCGGUGCUGCAGCCUAUUGUCCCUGAGUGUCCAUAGCAUGGGGACCGACGGCUUUGAUUCAGCAAGCAAGUUAAAGGAACAAGAAUUUAAACAAUAAGGAAGUAACAGGACUGCAAUAGCCUUCUUAUGUUAUCCGUCCAAGCACAGUACCAAAUGCAUGAAGCUUUUCAUGCAACAGAAACUAGAUAACCCUCAUCGCGAAUGAAUGCAUUUAUUUUGCUGCAAUCAGUGAUGUCACUAUUUCUCUGGAUGAUCUAGUCAGCGAAUCUUUUAUUGUUAUCUUUAAAACAAGUCUCAAGAUUGAAGAGAGAAACCAGAAGGAAACAGGAUCACAAAGCGCUUUUCAUACAAGCCAAUUCAAAAAUAAAGGGACCAUGAAGGCAGCAGUUUGCUUAUUGCUAAUGGCUAUUGUGGGAGUGCGUGCCAGCAAGACCCAAGAUUUCGAAGGCAGCGAUGAGGGAGAGGAGCAAGAAUUCAUUUACACAAACAGGUAUAAGCGCUCCAGCGACACACAAGACAAGUGCACUUAUACCUUCAUUGUACCUCAGCAGAAAGUGACGGGUGCCAUUUGUGUUAAUUCAAAGGAACCCGAAGUACUUGAAAACAGGGUAAAUAAGCAAGAACUAGAGCUACUGAACAAUGAGCUGUUAAAGCAAAAGAGGCAAAUAGAAACCCUCCAGCAACUGGUGGAGGUAGAUGGAGGAAUUGUUAAUGAGGUGAAGCUUUUACGAAAAGAGAGCCGCAACAUGAACUCACGGGUCACCCAGUUGUACAUGCAGCUGCUGCAUGAGAUCAUCCGAAAACGGGACAAUGCUUUAGAACUUUCCCAACUGGAAAAUAAGAUACUGAAUCAGACUGCUGACAUGUUGCAGCUUGCAAAUAAAUACAAAGACCUGGAGCACAAGUACCAACAUUUGGUAUCCAUUGCUAAUAACCAGUCUAUAAUAAUUGCACAGCUAGAAGAGUACUGCCAAAGAACACCCUCCAUUAAACCAAUCCCACAACCUCCACAGCCACCAAAUCGAGUCUACCAGCCUCCCACUUACAAUCGUAUCACUAACCAAAUAUCCACCAAUGAGAUCCAGAGUGACCAGAAUUUAAAGAUUCUACCACCGACUCUCCCAACCAUGUCUUCAGUUACCAGUAUCCCAACUUCCACUGACAAACCAUCAGGUCCUUGGAGAGACUGCCUGCAAGCUUUGGAAGAUGGUCAUGACACCAGUUCCAUAUAUCUUGUGAAACCUGAAAAUACAAACCGAUUGAUGCAGGUCUGGUGUGAUCAACGGCAAGAUCCUGGUGGCUGGACAGUCAUUCAGAGACGUUUGGAUGGAUCUGUCAACUUUUUCAGGAACUGGGAGACUUACAAGCAAGGAUUCGGUAAUAUCGAUGGAGAGUACUGGUUGGGCUUAGAAAAUAUUUAUUGGCUGACAAAUCAAGGCAACUACAAAUUGUUAAUAACCAUGGAAGACUGGUCAGGCCGGAAAGUGUUUGCUGAAUAUGCCAGUUUCCGACUUGAGCCAGAAAGUGAAUACUACAAGUUGCGACUGGGCCGAUACAAUGGCAAUGCUGGAGACUCCUUCACAUGGCACAAUGGGAAGCAAUUCACUACACUGGACAGAGACCAUGAUGUAUACACAGGUAACUGUGCUCAUUACCAGAAAGGGGGAUGGUGGUACAAUGCAUGUGCACACUCGAAUCUCAAUGGUGUUUGGUACAGAGGAGGACACUACCGAAGUCGAUACCAAGAUGGUGUCUAUUGGGCUGAGUUCCGUGGAGGCUCAUACUCACUGAAGAAGGUUAUCAUGAUGAUCAGACCUAAUCCCAACACGUUCCACUAAAAGGAACUUCUCAAGCCUUUUAUAUAACAGUUGUGUGUGCUAUCCAGAACACAUCUUUGCACCAGCAAAGAAUGUAAUAUAUUGUACAUGGACCGCUAUUAAUCAGAGGACUUGUAUAUUGUAUUUUCCAAGAAUCGUUCCAGAACCAAAAUAACAAGAUUUUAAGAAUGUCACCACAAAAUGUUUUUUUCCUUUUUUCUUAAGAGGUUUUUUCUAAAGAGUUAUCAGGUAAAAUGGACUGUAGAUAAGCUGAGAUGCUAAAAAUACUGCCACAUCAUCUGAAUAUUUUUGUAUGUUUUAUAUAUUCUCAAAUACUGGACAUAUUAAAAAACUGUACAGCAAGACUUUUAAAAAAUAAUAAAUUCAUUUGACACAGGAAAUAAUAUCCUUUGAAACUAUGUAGCCAGUACAGGUAUAUUAGAAAGUUCCUAAUUUAAACUUCUUUAGAUAUUGAGAGAGCGUAGUGUCUGCUUUGAAGUGUCCACACUGUGCCCAGCACUAAUAGAAUCCCCUAUUUUUCUUGGGUCUCAAAGCACUCUUAGAACUUAACAAUGAAUCAUUUUGUACAGGACAAACAGUCCUGAAUCAUUUUGUACAGGACAAACAGAUCUGACAAACAGUCCAGGUUGUUAUAUUCACUAUUAAUGCACUAGGCAUUAUCCAUAACCGACCACACAGCUAUAUUUCUCAUAAACAAAACAGUUUCAGCAUUUUUCGGUUAAACAUCUGGUCAUUUUAGAAGCAUCUUAGAUGUUACAUGUUCACUGUAUACUUUUGUAACCAACACUAAUACCUUUGCACCUAAAUGAUAGCUUAUUGGUUUCAAGUUAUUUUGUACCAUUAGAGUCAUUACCUGCUCUGUAGUCAUUGCAACAACAAAAAGAACUAUCCAAUUUUGCAGGCAAAUGAUGGAUAUAGAUAUAGAACUUAUUUAAAUACCCUUGGACAUGAGAUUGUGACCUUUGAGAGAGAAUAUGUGAAACUUAAAACUGUAUUUGCCAUAUUUCACUAUUAUUGCCAAGUAUACAUAUUGAAAGGUGAUUAUGCAAUUAUAUUUAUAAAUAAAGUCCAUGGCAGAAACUUGAAUUCAAGUAUUCUGCUGAGGUAAGUUUCCAGAAUAGAUUAUUUUAUCACAUGUUGCAUUAUAACAUCCUUCCCAAACCUGGUGCCCUCCAGAUGUUUUGGACCACAAUUCCCAUCACUCCUAACCAUUGGCCAUGCUAGCUGGAGCUGAGAGCUAAACUCAGAACAUCUGAAGGGCACCAGUUGAAUAAGGCUGCGUUAUAGGAACAGUGAAAAUCAUACAUUUAAAAACUCUUAUUACCUCAUUAUUUCUUUCCUAACAUACAAUGUGUGUCAAAAGUUUGGAGUGUGAUGUAGCAUGUCUUGUAUAUAAAUCAAAGUAGGGAUUUUAAUAUAUUAUCUGAUUAUCCUUGUAAUGAUGCAAAUGUGUAAUAAAAGCAACAAAUGCUAUUUUGAUGUACCAAGA